CUUAUCAGGUCUUAUAAUACCUAACACAUUUGGUUGUUUGUUUGUUUAUUCGUUGAGCAAUUCUUUUUAUUUUUUUCGUACUCACAAUCAGUCAUGAAUCUUACUAAAAUUAAAGUUACAACUAUUGGAUAUUAUCAUCGAGAUGGAGAUAUGCACGUGACUCCUGGUCUUCUACCGAAAAAGCUUAACACAACAUGUCUGAAACCGUUUAAAAGUAAAGAGGAAUUUCCAAAUAUGAACAUAGAGGUUCUAGAUUCUGGAAAAGGAGAAUUAAUGAUGGAAUCUCUCCUGGAUUAUGUCCACCAAACAAAUUGUCUGACAACCGUAAAACCAGAUUUCGUAACCAAUAAGCAACUUCUCGUAGUAAUUGCUGGCUCUGGUCCAGCUGUCAUUUUUGCAUACCAGAGAAAUGGAAUCAUAUUUAUUCUGAAAUACACUGAGGAACAAACUUCUACAAUUAACAAGGGAGGGGUUUUCGAGCAUUUUUGUACGAAAACUCGGGAUGAAGAGCAAUUGGAGCCAGAUGAGACUGUCAGGAAGGCGGUGUUCACAGCGGAGAUCCCACGUGGCAAUGGGGAUACCUUCAAGGUGAUGUAUUCCGGUCAGAUCGAUGCGAUUGAUGAUGAAGAAAACCGUCAACACUAUGAGCUGAAGGUGUUCAGUGGGGGGCUCAACGAGUACUUUUGGAAGAAGCGGAGUUUACAAACUUACUGGCAGGCCUUUUUUGGAAAUGUUCCCGUUUUGAUAAUUGGCUCGAGAACAGGCUUGUACGAGCGAGACCCAAAAACUAUGCCGCCGAACAGUUGGCCACCAUUCUCCGUUUAUUACGUACAAAAACUGAAACGUGACAGAAUCCCAUCAACUGCUGCAGUACGUGCAAGACGCGAACGAAUGGAUCAGGUACCAAAAUGGAGGCCUUCGGAAGGCGAGGAAAAUGUCAGAUCUUUCUUGAAUCUGGUCAAGGACCAGAUGAAAAACGAUGAGGACAGCUUUAUAUUUUCUAAGUCUGAGGAUGAUUCCAAUUGGAAAUUCUGUAGAGAUGAGGAAUUUGUAUCGAAAUUCCGUGAUGUUGUGUUGCAUUUCAUUGAUUUCUAACAGAUUUUUAUGGGUACCCCAGCAAUAAAUAAUUUUAACAUA